AUACUGAUUAGCCGAAUGUUAACAAAGGUGCUACUGCCUACCUUACAAAAGAAGAAGUUGCUACUGCCUGAGACUGGGCCUGGCAUUGAGGCGGCGGUGACUGGGUUAGUUCCGGUGACAAGAGAGUAGGUCCUCUCACAUCGAUUAUUACGUGCAAUGGUGUAGCUGUUGUAUUUUCUCGGCAGAGCUGUUCGUUUCUUCCGGACAGACACAGAUAAGUACGCGAAGACGAAACGUAAAAAAACCGGACCCAUAUCCGUGGUCGUUUGUUCAAUCCCGGAUUCGGUUCCGUCCUUCCCCUGCUACGCCAGCGGGUCCCAUAUAUGAUGUCGUGAACAACAAUGCAUCCAUCGGACCAUCACUGACCCUUUCGAACGAGUCCAGAAACUGUUGUAAUGUCCUACCUCCUCUCCAUACUGUCGUCCCGGGAUAACGACAAAAUGGGUCCUGAAAAAGAGAGAGUGAUAAAAUCUAUUGUAUUUAUUCGCUCGUACUGUACAAACUCAUAUGAUCAUAUCAAGAUCAAUACAUGCGGUAAUGGCGGCUUCUUCAGCAACUUGUUCUUCGAAAGUUGAUAAAAUCGCUGCUCCUUAUGGCUCCUGGAAGUCCCCAAUAACUGCCGACAUAGUCUCAGGCGCCUCCAAGGAACUCGGUGGAGCAGCUGUUGAUGGCCACGGUCGCCUUAUCUGGCUCGAAUCUCGGCCCAGUGAAUCAGGACGAUCCGUUCUUGUGAGAGAAGCAGAGAACCCUGGGGAUGCAAACAUUGAUAUUACCCCAAAGGACUUUGGGGUGCGAACUUUGGCUCAGGAGUAUGGAGGUGGAGCGUUUAAGAUUUCAGGGGAUACAGUCAUCUUCUCUAAUUACGAGGAUCAAAGAUUGUACAAGCAGUCACUCUCCUCUGCAGAUUCUUCACCUGCACCACUCUCACCAGAUUAUGAAGAUCCACUAGUCCGAUAUGCCGAUGGAGUCUUUGAUUUACGGUUUAACCGUUAUAUCACUGUAAGGGAAGAUUGUCGCGAAAGUAGUAGAAAUGCAAUCACAACAAUUGUAGCAAUGGACCUUGUGGAUGACAAUAUCCAAGAACCAAAAGUAUUGCUUAGUGGCAAUGACUUCUAUGCCUUCCCACGUGUGGACCCCAAAGGUGAACGAAUAGCAUGGAUUGAAUGGAGUCACCCUUACAUGCCAUGGGAUAAAGCAGAACUCAGGGUCGGCUAUAUUACUCAAAAUGGGGAUGUAUGCAAUCACAUAUGUGUUGCUGGAUGUGAUCCUACACUUGUGGAGUCUCCUACUGAACCCAAGUGGUCGUGUAAAGGCGAACUAUUUUUCAUUACUGAUAGGAAAAAUGGAUUUUGGAAUCUCUACAAAUGGAAUGAAUCUGACAAUGAAGUGGUAGCAGUUUGUUCAUUGGAUGCCGAGUUUUCAAGAGCAUUGUGGGUAUUUGGCAUAAAUUCCUACGAAAUUAUCUCUAGUGAUGAUGGGAAGAAUUUAAUUGCUUGUACUUAUAGGCGGAAUGGAAGAUCAUAUCUUGGAAUUUUGGAUGAUGCUCAUAGCUCAUUAUCAGUGCUUGAUAUUCCUUUAACAGACAUGAAUAAUAUUAUUACUUCAGGGAACCGUUGCCUAUUCAUUGAGGGUGCAUCUGGAGUUCACCCAUCAUCAUUAGCUAAGGUUAAUUUAGAUGAGCAUAAAGCAGAAGUAGUUGAGUUCAAGAUUGUUUGGUCUUCUUCUCCAGACAGUUUAAUGUACAAGUCGUACUUUAGCUUGCCGGAGUUAAUUGAAUUCCCAACAGAAGUUCCUGGUCAGAAUGCAUAUGCCUACUUUUACCCACCUUCAAAUCCCAAUUAUGAAGCUAGUCAAGAAGAAAAGCCUCCAUUGCUAUUGGAAAGUCACGGAGGGCCUACUGAUGAGGCACGUGGAAUCCUGAAUUUGAGUAUCCAGUACUGGACUAGUAGAGGUUGGGCGUUUGUAGAUGUGAACUAUGGUGGAAGCACUGGUUAUGGUAGAGCAUAUAGAGAACGCUUGUUGGGUCGCUGGGGAAUCGUUGAUGUUAAUGACUGUUAUAGUUGUGCUAGAUAUUUGGUGGAAAAUGGAAAAGCAGAUGGGGAGCGAAUAUGUAUAACUGGACGCUCUGCUGGUGGCUACACUACUUUGGCUGCUCUUGCUUUUAGAGACACAUUCAAGGCUGGUGCUUCCUUAUAUGGGGUGGCUGACUUAAACAUGUUGAAAGCAGACAUGCACAAAUUUGAGUCUCACUACAUCGAUAGGCUUGUUGGAAAUGAUAAGGAUUGUUUUGAGAGAUCCCCAAUCAAUUUCGUGGAUAGAUUUUCUUGCCCAAUGAUUCUCUUCCAAGGAUUGGAUGAUAAGGUGGUUUUCCCCGAUCAAGCUCGUAAAAUUCACAAGGCAUUGAAAGAAAAAGGUUUGCCAGUUGCUCUUGUGGAGUAUGAAGGAGAACAGCACGGUUUUCGCAAGGCUGAGCGCAUUAGAUUCACGCUGGAACAAGCAAUGGUGUUUUUCGCACGUUUGAUAGGCCACUUCAAGGUUGCUGAUGAAAUAACUCCAAUAAAAAUUGAUAAUUUCGACUAAGCUUAUUGGAAAGUUGCAGGAGGUUGGAACCCCCCUCUUUUCUUUAAUUCGAUGACGCCAAAAUCAGCUUCAAAGGUUGGACGCCUGUGCAAUUGCUGCAAAUGUGCUAUGCACUUCUUGAUGGCUGAUGCUAGUAAAUUUUAGAAACCAGAGUAAUAACUUGCCUGACAUUCAUGAGUAGGUGGAUGUUAAUUACUCUCAAUAUGUUGUUUACAUUAUCUUCUGUUGUUACUUGAGCAAAUAAGGUGGGGCGUAAACCCCGGAAUGUUUUGAUGAUUGCUUAUUGUAAGAAAUUAGUGUCACAUCUCA